UCUUCUGUCUUCAACGAGAUGCUUAUCUCAUCGAAAAUGCGUUGGGCUUGAGGCAUAAAAAAGGUUUGCAUGGUCAAUAUAUCGCUUGUCUUGCAUAUCUGCGAUAAAAAAGGUUUGCAUGAAGAAGAAAGUCCCCAGGCAGGAUGGGACGCGACGCGGAGCGAGGGGGAGGCAAUUCCUCACCUACCGGCAUUAAUGGCGCCGCGGCCUCCAUUAAUACCAUCAUGGCCUUAUCCCCUCCAGUUUCCCAUCCUCAUCCUCCCCAUCUCAGAUCGAGCCGCGAUUCCCUGGGUGCCACGGACAGAUCUGGCGAGAGAGAUGGUGGGAGGGGCGCGACGCGGAGCAAGGGCGCGGCGGCUGCGACCCGCGCAUCAGGUGGCGACGCCGCCCCAGCCUCCGCCGCCGGUGGCGACGCUCCCGGAGAUCGACGCGUCGUCGCCGGAAGCGCUGGCGGAGAUGCGUCGGGUGGUGAGGGAGAUAUUCCCAAACCGCUCCAAGUGGCCCGACAUCUUCAUGGAGAUCCUGCGACAUGCGGCGUUCGAGGAGCGCGCUCGCUUUGCGGGCGACGACGGUGGGAUGGACUUCGAGUUCAUCUUCUGGGCGAUUCAGGAGGCGGAGUCAUCAGACCCGAGGCAGGCGGCGAGAUGGGCGCGUUUCAAGACAAGCUCGCUGUCAAGGCUCAACAUACGCCCUCCGCCGGUGCUGCAGAUCUCCCGCAUCCCUCCAGAAGCGCUGCCUCCGGGGGCCGUCCUCCCCAGGGUCCCUUGAAGCUUCUGCAAUCCGGCGCAUGGGCCUUGCAGGGUGCCCCCGCCCUGCAAACAAGGCGCAGGAGGACCAGGGGAUCCACCUUGGAACCUCCACCAUGGUCGGGUGAUUGCGGGGAGAAACCCCGUUCAAAGGAGGAGAUUAUUUGUUGGGACUGGCGGGACGGAAAGCUGCGACUGGCAAGCUGAUUUGUUGGGACCAGCACAGGCCAUGGUACAACAAGCUUUUUGCGUGAGGCAACAACGACGAGUUAUGACGGUGAAGCAGAGCUGCGGCAACGAGCUGCGACAGUGGACGGGGCAUUCAUGGUCACCUUCCAGCUUCCACUUCUUCGCUUGAAGCUUUUUUAGAGGCCGGUUGUAGCUUUCUCGGCCGCCGGUCAUAACAUUUUACAGUGCUAGUUGCAGCACCUCCGCGUGCCGGUCACAACCCAUGCUUUCUCUGGUUGCAGCAAAAAACAAUAUCGGUAGUAUCUUUCUCGGCCGCCGCUCGUAGCAUUUUCCGGUGUUGGUUGCAGCUCCUCCGUGCGCCGGUCACAGCCCCAACUUUCACCGGUUGCAGCAAAAAAAACUCCAUCCGUAGCAAUUGGCACACUGGUUGCAACUUCACCGUGCACCGAGCGCAGCUCUACCGUAGCCGUUUGCAGCUGGGAGCAUCCGGCCUGGAUGCUACGACCGAUGUGCGCUGCCCAGAUGCUGCAACCGGCAUGGGGUGUGACUGGGAUCAAUAGAUCAGUUUGCUGCAACUAGCAUGGUGCGCGGCAUCUGACGACAUGACAUGAUAGCUUUCUCUGCAA